GGGACUUCCGGCGUCCUCCCUGUGGCGGGCACUUUGGCUUGUGUCAGUUCCAACCGCGGGUGCCGGACCUGGACCUAGGUGCUGACAGCGAGAAGGCGCGAGGAGAGUCGUUUUCUCAGCUGCACAGCCGGGGCCUGACGGUCGCCGGCGGGGGUGACAGCUUUGCUCGUGUCUCCGCCCGGAUCGUCCACCGCUCCCGGCCCGCUCCGCCCAGAGUCCGAUGGCGGCGGCACUGAGGGCCCCGACCCAGCAGGGUUUUGUAGCCUUUGAGGAUGUGGCCAUUUACUUCUCCCAGGAGGAGUGGGAGCUCCUUGAUGAGAUGCAGAGGCUCCUGUACCGCGAUGUGAUGCUGGAGAACUUUGCAGUUAUGGCAUCCCUAGGUUGCUGGUGUGGAGCAGAAGAUGAGGGGGCACCUUCUGCAGACAGCAUUUCUGUGGAAGAACUGUCACAGGGCAGGACUCCAAAGGCAGAUAUAUCCACUGAUAAGAGUCACCCCUGUGAGAUUUGUACCCCAGUCCUGAGAGACAGUUUACAAAUGAUUGAGCUCCAAGCCUCACCCUGUGGACAGAAAUUGUACUUGGGUGGGGCAUCAAGAGAUUUCUGGAUGAGUUCAAACCUUCACCAGCUCCAGAAGCUUGAUAAUGGAGAGAAGCUAUUUAAAGUGGAUGGGGACCAGGCCUCAUUUAUGAUGAACUGCAGGUUCCAUGUGUCAGGAAAACCCUUCACGUUUGGGGAAGUUGGGAGGGACUUUUCAGCCACGUCAGGACUUCUCCAGCAUCAGGUGACUCCCAGCAUUGAGAGACCACACAGCAGGAUUAGACACUUGAGAGUUCCCACUGGACGAAAGCCUCUCAAAUACACUGAACCCAGGAAAUGUUUUAGAGAGAAAUCUGUAUUCAUUCAACACCAAAGAGCUGACUCUGGAGAAAGGCCUUACAAGUGCAGUGAAUGUGGGAAAUCCUUUAGUCAAAGUUCUGGCUUUCUUCGACACAGGAAAGCACACAAUAGAACAAGGACUCAUGAAUGUAGUGAAUGUGGGAAAUCAUUUAGUCGCAAAACUCACCUAACUCAACACCAAAGAGUUCACACUGGAGAAAGGCCUUAUGACUGCAGCGAAUGUGGCAAAUCCUUCCGCCAGAUAUCUGUCCUCAUUCAACAUCAACGAGUUCACACUGGAGAAAGGCCUUAUGAGUGCAGUGAAUGUGGGAAAUCUUUUAGCCACAGCACUAACCUCUAUCGUCACAGGAGUGCCCACACUAGCACAAGGCCUUAUGAGUGCAGUGAAUGUGGAAAAUCCUUUAGCCAUAGCACUAACCUCUUUCGACACUGGAGAGUUCACACUGGAGCAAGGCCUUAUGAGUGUAGUGAAUGUGGGAAAGCAUUUAGUUGCAAUAUCUACCUCAUUCACCACCAAAGAUUUCACACUGGAGAAAGGCCUUAUGUGUGCAGUGAAUGUGGGAAAUCAUUUGGCCAGAAAUCUGUCCUCAUUCAACACCAAAGAGUUCACACUGGAGAAAGGCCUUAUGAGUGCAGUGAAUGUGGGAAAGUUUUUAGCCAAAGCUCUGGCCUCUUUCGACACAGAAGAGCUCACACUAAAACAAAGCCUUAUGAGUGCAGUGAAUGUGAAAAAUCAUUUAGUUGCAAAACUGACCUCAUUCGACACCAGACAGUUCACACUGGAGAAAGGCCUUAUGAGUGCAGUGUAUGUGGGAAAUCUUUUAUCCGAAAAACCCACCUCAUUCGACACCAGACUGUUCACACUAAUGAAAGGCCUUAUGAGUGCGAUGAAUGUGGGAAAUCCUAUAGCCAAAGCUCUGCCCUCCUUCAGCAUAGGAGAGUUCACACUGGAGAAAGGCCUUAUGAGUGCAGCGAAUGUGGGAAAUCUUUUACCCGCAAAAAUCACCUCAUUCAACACAAGACAGUUCACACUGGAGAAAGGCCUUAUGAAUGCAGUGAAUGUGGGAAAUCUUUUAGUCAAAGUUCUGGCCUCUUAAGACACAGAAGAGUUCAUGUGCAGUGAAUGUGGGAAAUUAUUUUGUCACCUUUUUUUUUUUUUUUUUUGAGAUGGAAUUUUGCUCUUGUCACCCAGGCUGGAGUGCAAUGAUGCAAUCUCAGCUCACUGCAACCUCUGCCUCCUGGGAUCAAGUGAUUCUCCUGCCACAGCCUCCUGAGUACCUGAGAUUACAGGCACCCACCACCAUGCCCAGCUAAUUUUUGUAUUUUUAAUAGAAACAAGGUUUCACCACGUUGGUCGGGCUGGUGUUGAACUCCUGACCUCAGGUAAUCCACCUGCUUCAGCCUACCAAAGUGCUGGGAUUACAGGCGUGAGCCACCAUGUCCGGCUUGUUUUGUCACAUUUAACACAAGAUUUCCGAAAGAAGAAAGGCCUUAUAUAUGCUGUGAAUGUGUUUUUGUUUGUUUGUUUGUUUUAACUUGGUAUGACGGCACUGGAGGCUAGCCUUUGAGAAGAGCCUUCUCUGAUGUGACUCACGUAUCCAAACAUCCAUGGAUUUCCCAUAAAUUUGAGGUAUGUGGGAAGCAUGUGUAGCUAUGUUGUACUCUCUAAACCUGCCCAGGGACCUUGCCAGAUUCAUGUCACUGCCAGUUUCUGCGGCUGAAGCCUUUUCAUCUCUACCCGCUGGGAGACCCACAGAGUGUGCAUCAGUCACCACCCCAACAUGCUCAGGGAGGCAGACUUCUUCCAUUAGUUGGAGGAAAGCGUGAGUAGUCUAAGCUCUUAGGGGGGUUUCUCAUUUCCUCCUGUGGCUACAUAGUGCAUGUAACUACCCCAGUGUUGGCCCCAGGACCUGAUCUGAGUUCUGUUGGCAGCUUCCAGAGGAUUGCCUUUUUUGAGGACAUUGUUGAUCUCAGGCGAUGCUUGUGAUGAAGCAUUUUUUAGCUUCCACCACGUACCAGGAACUGCCUGUUAACUGGCUUGUGCAAUGAUAAAGGCCUUUUGUUUAAGUACCUUUAAUCUUGUAAGUUGUAUUAACUGUGGAGUAGUUUGGAAACAUAAUAGGACUCUGUCAGCUUAAAAGAGUGUAUAACAUUUGUGGAGAUUCAAAUUUUGUUUGCCUCAGAGGGGACACUAUGCUGACAGAAUAUAGCUUUUGCUCCAUUUUGGGCCUAUUUUGCAUUGUUACCAAGGCCUUCUAGGAGACACUGCAGGGCUUUCUGGCUCUGAUUUUUGCCUGCAUGUGGGCUCAGAGGUCAUUCUGCAGAGGGGGCAGUUGUGACAACUUCCGUUGUUUCUGGAGACAAAACUUAAGUUUUUCUUGUUGAGUGAGGAUAUCACAUAAUGCCCUGCAAUGUUUAGAAUCCCUUAAUGAGGUCCUAUGAAGGAGGUGUGUCCCUUGAAACACAGAAUUCAGUGAGCUCGUGUCCCUAGCUGUAAAACCAUGGGGCUGGAGCGAAACAUAAUUGGUAAAGAAACGCUGGGUUGAAUAAUAGGGAAUGGAGGAGACUGCAGCAAAUUAGAUGGACUGUUCCUCAUAUAAAGUUUCAUCCGGCCAGGCGCAGUGGCUCACACCUUUAAUCCUAGCACUUUGGGAGGCCAAGGUGGGUGGAUCACAAGGUCAGGAGUUCAAGAACAGCCUGGCCAAGAUGGUGAAACCCUGGAGGGCUGAGGCAGAGAAUUGCUUGAACUUGGGAGGCAGAGGUUGCAGUGAGCCGAGAUCACACCACUGCACUCCAGCUCAGGCGACAGAGCGAGACUCUGUCUCAAAAAAAAAAAAAAAAAAAUCCAUUCAGGCCAGUCACAGUGGCUCAUGUAUGUAAUCCCUACACUUUCCGAGGCCAUGGCGUGCAGAUCACUUGAGGUCAGGAGUCAGAGACCAGACUGGCCAACAUGGUGAAACCCCAUCUCUACUGAAAAUACAAAAAUUAACCAGGUGCAGCAGUGCACGUCUAUAAUCCCAGCUGCUCUGAAGGCUGACACACCGAGAAUAGCUUGAACCCAGAGAUGGAGGUUGCAGUGAGCUGAGACCACACCACUGCACUCCAGCCCAGGUGAUGGAGUGAGACUCUGUUUCCAAAAAAAAAAAAAAGGCCAGGCGCUGUGGCUCAUGCCUGUAAUCCCAGCACUUUAGGAGGCUGAGGCGGGUGGAUAACCUGAGGUCAGGAGUUCGAGACCAGCCUGGUCAAUAUGGCGAAACCCUGUCUCUACUAAAAGUACAAAAAUUAGCUGGGUGUGCUGGCAGGCACCAGUAAUCCCAGCUACUCAGGAGACUGAGGCAGGAGAAUCUCUUGAACCUGAGAGGUGAGCCGAGAUCGCGCCAUUGCACUUCAGCCUGGGCAACAACAGCGAAACUGUCUCAAAAAAAAAAAAAAAAAAAUUUAUCCACAUGUUCCAGUGACUAUGACUGCAAGAUCACUGUGUGCAGAAAUCUCUAGAAAUGUGUGUCUUGUAGCUCAAGUUAUUAGAGACAACAAGGGUUUUGUGGAUUCCUGUAGCCUCUCUGGCCUGUUUACUUCAAGGCCAUUGCUGCACAGACAAAAAAAAAAAAAAAGGAUGAAGUCAAGAGAGAUUCAGUCGUCCUUGGUGCGGCUUUUGUGAUCCAGUAGCAAUCCUCUUAACGCUGAUGGAAAUGGCCUUCAUUGCUCACCUGUAUUUCCUGCCACUGAAGCAGGUCUGCCUCUACGUGGCCUGGGGAGCUAGAUGGUAGAGUCAAUAGAGACUUAGUAAACCAGACUUUUUGAAGUGUCAAUGACCGAGAUUGUUAAUUGCAUCCAUUUAAAAAAAUUAUCAAGUUGUAAUUGAUGUGGAAUAAAUUAUAUAUAUUUAAAGUGUACAACUUGAUAAGUUCUGACAUAAAUGUAAACACAUGGAAGCAUUGUUGUAAUCAUAAGAAUGAGCAUAUCUCACCUGCAUAUUUUACUUUUGCUCUUUUAUAAUACAUUCCAGAAUAUGCAGGCAACUUUUAACAUUCCUUUACAAUUGAUUGACUUGAAUUUUCUGGAAUUUUAUUUUAGACAUCAUAAAAUGUGUAUUUUUUUGUGGUUUUAUUUAUAAAACUUCCCCUUAGGUAAGGGCCUGAGGUUAACUUUGGAGGUGACAGAUGUGUCCAACACCAUUGAUAGGGUGAUGAUUUCAAAAAUGUACGUGUGUGUGUGUGUGUGUGUAUAUACUUACUGUUUUAAUAUGUGCAGUACAUUGCAUGUUGAUUACACCUCAAUGAACCUAUAAAAAGUUACUCCAUUUAAAAAUCUGGGCCUCCCACUUCUAUUGGAAACUGGACAACUUGACAGCCUGCAGUGUUUUGAAACAGCAUGGAUUGGGUGUCUUGUUUCCAGCAUGUGUCCCAUGUUCCCCAACACUUUUAGAGUGGGAGUGAAAGGAAUCAAAGUACACUUGGAAGAGGGCCAAGUGGAUUACUUGAGAGGUCCAGUGCCCCACUUGAUCCUUGGCUUGAGACUUUAUACAUUUGCUCAUUUCCUAGGCUCUCUAUUCUCCUUCCUUGGGUAGGCUGUUGCUUGACUACUGCAUGCACAGUGGUCUGCCAGUACUUGGGAGGGGCCGCAUGCAGUUUGUUUACUGAAGUCAUACAUAUAUACUCAUUUGGGGUGUUUUUUCCCUUACGAGUCAUGCACCCCCAGAGGAAGGUCAAAUACCAGUCAAAUUUUGCCGUCUUGCCCAAUUUUGUGCAUGCUUGAAACCUUAUCAGGGGUUGCGGUUCACUGGCUCCAGUUGUUUUCUAUCUGUUGGAAAACUCUUUUCCCUCCUGGUACCAAUCAUGGCCACUUAUCUUCUCAGAGGGAUAGUUUUAUGCUUUCCUGUACUUCACCCAAUGAGAGCUGGACAUCUCGGGGGUCCCUCUCUUGCUCUGUUUAUUAUCUCAGAGGAAAAGAUUUAUGAUUGCCUGUCCUUGACUCCAAAAUUGCCUGGCAUUCCUGGGGUCCCUCUCUUCUGCCCUACUCAUAUCUGCCUACUCUAACACCAGGGUCAGGGUAUGAGGCAACUAGAGACCACCUCUGUAAAUCGAAGCCAACCAGAAUUAUUCAGACUAGCCAGUACUCAGCUGUUUGCUCUGAUCUGGUCUAGGCUUUCCCCUAGCUCUUGCUUCUUCCUUUAGACUGAAACCUGUUCCUCCUGUGGCCCUGCAUGGCACAGUGUACUUCUCAUUUCUAGGGAAAUUCUGAGUAACAUUAAACUUAUAUUUCACUGGCAUUGAGCUCUCCAUGUCCUUUUCCAAUAAAGACCCAUCCACAAAUUGGCCUCUCUUGGCUAUGUAAUAUUACAUAUCAUUCCGGCACUUCUCAAUGCCUUCACCUUUUCUCCAUUAUGUCUGCCACAUUCUAACAUUCCAGAUAAUUUAGCAUUUUUUUUUUUCAUGUUUCCUCCUCUUUCUUGAGUACAGCGUAAGCUACUGGGGUCUGUCUCUUGUUUUGUAAAUGUCCCAUGCAGUUAAGAUAGUGUCGGAAGUACAGUAGGUGUUCCUUGAACAUUUGUUAGAACUAUGAAUAAGCAUAAUACUACAGCAUCCCUGUUCGCCUUAACAUUCUAAUAGCACUUUCUAAAUGUUUUCUUUACUUCUCC